CACGUACGCCUCUAGUUGUGAAACACAACGUUAUAUCGCUUAUUCCCAGUGAAAUUUGUAGACCCGCAUAAGUCCGAUCAUCGGUCCGAUUAUCGGACCGAUUGAGCACGAUAUGGGGCCGAUUGUAGCGCUUCGAUCGGCCCGUCAUCGGACAAUUCUGCACCAUUUGCAUCAACCGCGUCGACCUAAAAUAGUUUUAUGUUUACAUUAUGUAUCGCUAUAGAAACAGAGCGAAGUAACAUCAAACAAGGCAUUUUCGAGCCGACGUAUCCCCGAUAGGGUGUGAAAUACAUUCUUUUGUUUCGAUCAUAGAGGCUUUAACCUUAAGGUCAUUUGCCUCUUAGGGCCAGAAAAACUCUGGCCCUAUGUUCGGAGUUGAAAAUCCAACCCCGAUAUAUCCCAUCCUCUGCGUAUCAGACAUCCGCUCUCUGCUUUGGUAUUUCUUCACUCUUUUGUUCUAUCGAUACACUAUGUAAGCUUGAAACGCAGUCAAAAGCUUUCUUGCACGAUGCGUCCGAUGCUCGGAUUUACUGGGUUAGAACGAAGUAUUUUUAAUUCAGCUGUUUUUCAAAGAAGGACGUAUCUUACAAAAGUAAACAAAUCGAGGUUCUCUCUCCUACCAAUAAAUGCUUCAAAAUCCUACAAUUUUGUCUAAAAAUUCGUAUUCUACAAAAAUCCCAAUCUUAGUAAUACAAAGAACUAUAAAAGACGAAACUGUCAUUCCAUCUGUUUACGCAAGUUUCGCCCUCCGUGUUCCAUGCCAACAAACAGGGCGAUACUUCAAUUGCUAGUAAGGAAGGGCGAAACUAUUUAUUUUCUUUAUUUUAGAUGGUUACCGAACCUUUUAUUACUGGAAAUAGUAAAAGAGACAAUAAAACUACUCACAGAUUUGUCUUAGUAGCGAAAACCAGCCAAUUUCAUGAAAAAUGCGCAAGGGCGUAUCUUUAUAAUUCACACAGCAAGUAUAAAAGUAAACAAAUCGAAAAAGGGCGAAACUCUUUUUAUGUUGAUUUAUUCAGUGGAUAUAGAAGGAAAGUGGUAACAUUUGCGUGCCUUUUGAAGAUAAACUAACAAUUCAUCGACUAAUCAUAAAUUGAUCAGAGAAUAUACGAUAAUUUCUAAACACGAUUUGAAACCAAAGUCGAAACAUUCAUCGAUGAUUUUCUCCAUUUGCUGUCAAUGUUAGAUUCGCCGUUCUUUGAAAAACAGCUGAAUUCGGAAAUUUGUUUUAUUACAAUCUCGUCUGGCAUCUCUGGUUGUUUUGUGUUGUUUUGAGUUUAGUAAAUUGAGUGGUAGGUAACUAAUUCAAAAGAAUAUAUUGCACAACAAAAACAACGACAGAUUAUUUCUCGAUCAACUUGAACUGCUAGGUUCUGACGAGUCGAAAACGAAACUCAAAGAAGAUAAUCAAAUCAUAUGCAGAAUAACGAUUGCUAGACACCGCAAAGCACUUCAAUGUGGGUAGAAAGUGUACGAUUGGAGUAACUGUAAUAUAAUUAUGCAAAGUUAAAUGAAAUCCUACCAUGCACAGGAAGUAACCAUACUACACGGUUUCGUUGCAAAAAACGAUAAACACGUUUGAAGUACAAUAACUGUAUUCAUAUAUCAGCAACCGAACGCUUAAAUGCACUCAAUGCUAACAUAAUUUUUAGAGUCUAUUAAAUCUCAUCAAACACAUGUCUGCUCAUACAGAUUAUUAUAAGUAUAAGUGUGAGGUGUGUGACAAAGGCUUUAACAAUCGUACAACGUUUAAGCAGCACGGAUACAUUCAUAAGGGUGAGACGCAUAAAUGUCCCAUAUGUGGCAGAGAGUUUGCCACAAAAUCUUACCUGACCACACACCGACAGAUUCACAAUGAUAAUUACAAACAUAAGUGUGUUGUGUGUGGCAAAGGAUUCACGUCCAAAGCACACAUGAAAGAUCACCAAAACAUCCAUACAGGUGAGCGACCUUAUCAAUGCAAUGUGUGCGAAACCGAUUUUGCCAGUAGACGUGUUUUCAACAAGCACAUGUCUAGACAUACAGAGGUAUAUAAGUGCGAUGUGUGUGGCAAAAGCUUUUACGACUCUUCAGCGUUGGGAGACCACGCACGCAUUCAUACAGGUGAGCGGCCCUUCAAAUGCAUCGUGUGUGAUAAAGAUUUCCGAGGCAAAUUACAUCUUGCGUUGCACAUGCAUCUUCACACGGGUGAAAGGCCGCACAAAUGCACUGAAUGCGAAAAGGAUUUUGCCACUAGAUCCUCACUUACCAAACACAUGCGUGUUCACGAGAGUUAUUACAGACAUAAGUGUGAUGUGUGUGGUCAAGUAUUUAAGGUCAGAUCACUCUUGAAAGAUUCAUUCAUUCACAAAUGUAAACGGCCUUACCAGUGUACCGUGUGUAACAAAAGAUUUCCUGACGAGGAGUGUUUAACGGCACACGUGUGUAUUAGUAAGCGUAACCGCUCGUACAAAUGCAGUAUUUGCGAAAGAAUAUUUAGAUCCAAAAACGGUUUAUGUAGUCACAUGAUAAAACACACAGGAAAUUACCGACACAAGUGUGACGUGUGUGGCAAAGGCUUUCUGUGUCUCACAGAGUUUACGGCCCACAAACGCAUUCAUACAGGUGAGCGGCCGUACAAAUGCACUGUAUGUGAAAAAACUUAUUCCAGUAAAACUGGUCUUACUGGGCACAUGUCUAUCCACACUGGUAAUUAUCGAUAUAAGUGUGAUGUGUGUGGCAAAGGCUUCAUCUGUCUUACUGAAUUCACGAUCCACAAGCGGGUCCAUACAGGUGAGCGGCCGUUCAAGUGCACUGUUUGCGGAAAAGAUUUUCUCAGGAAGAGUGCACUUAUUGGACACACUAGUAGAAAACAUACCGGCGUUUAUCAAUAUGAGUGUGAUGUGUGUGGCAAAGGUUUUUGGGACCGUUCAAACUUCAAGAGACACGAACGCAUUCAUACGGAUAAGGAAAAGGUUUUCGUUGCGACAUCUGUUUCCGAAUGAACGGAAUCAAGUUCAAUUAGGCAAGUUUAAAAUAAAAACAAUGUUGUGUAGGUGGCUCAGUUAAUUGCAUCAGUUCAUAAGAAAGGUGUCAGGAUAUGGUGUAAAAAUAUUCACACUACCAAGAGGCUGUGCAAUACAAGCUAACGACUGGACCAAACGUAAGCGAUAUGUUAGGAUGAAUAUAAUAGAUACAGUUCUUGAAAUCGAAAAAAAAAUCAGAGCACCCAACAGAUACUAGUACGCAUUUCUAAAGUACUUCAGAUCAAAGACGUUUGGUAAGAGGACGAAAUUACGAGGAACCAGAUAAUAUCUUAAAAUAAAUCAAAAAGGAAAGGCUAUUGAAUGGUUAUAAAUUACUCGAAAGAAAUUUAUGUUUUCACAGUUAAUCAUUUCCAAGUUGUUGCGAAUACGAGCGAUGUGAAGAUACUACGUCUAUUAUUUAGUUUCCUGUAUAUCUGCUAUCCUUAAGCUGUGAACUUGUGAACAUAUUUUUUGGGGGAGGAGCGAGUAGAAUUUUAAUGAACAAGUUUUUUUUCCUAACAGCAAUUAUUUCUAGCAGUACAUGUUGAGUGUGUCUUGCAAAAAAAUCCUUUAAUCCAGGACUCAGGUAAGUGCAGACUCAAUUGAAUUCCGAUGACUUAUUUCGUAUGUCCAGCAAAUCUUCCAAGGUAAUCGUUUCACCGACCUGCCCCGCUUCAAUCCAAUGACUGCAUCAAAUGGAUUCAAGCAUUACGAUGAAACUUCCUUACUAAUCUAAUCUUAAUCUUAUCACAAUUAGCCAUUUAUAACUGCGACAUUCUAGAUGAUAUCUAAAGAACCAAAAAAUAAGAAUAGACAUUUUGUAAUAUAUUUAAGUAUUGAAUUCUUUAUGCCCCGUUUACACUUCUGCUGGCUGCCAGCAUGCUGGUGUCA